ACAUGAGUGUUACAUGGCUGACAUCACUGUUAUUUGUGAUCAUACCAUGUUUGGUUGAUGGUAGCAGCAUCACUUGCACCAAGAGUGACACUGUUGAUGGUGUGCCAACUGGCAUUAAUGUCACAGACGCAGUGGUAGUCCGCAAACUCUCAUUUGAGGCUUGCGUUGAUCGUUGCUGUCAAAAGGAGGGUUGCGAGGUAGCGGGACUACAUAAGAAUGUCUGUGUGUUAGCCAGUUGUACUACGCAUCCAUGCAAGAGGGAUUUUAAAGCUGACCCCGAAGAUAAUAAGGCUAAUUUCACGUUUCUCACCAAACAUGUCCAAGAAGACAAGCCGAAUUCAGCUGCAGCUGACACUGAAAAGAAGGAUUCAGCAGAUCCUAAAAAAGAUGCAGAGGAUACCAAAACACCAGACACUGAAAGUAGCACUAAAGUUGAUUCAGAAGAUUCUGACAAUACAACAGCAGAUUCAGUUGACACUAGUGCAGUUACAGUGGAUUCGGAUAAUAAAGAGGGGGAGCAAGCUAAAUCAGAUGAAACGAUACUAGUUCAGAAAGCAAGCAGUGAAACUUCUGAAAGGAACGCAGUCAAGGAGAAGAGUGAUACUGCAGAAUCAGGAGAAACAAAAGACAAACAAACUACUGCAGAAUCAGGAGAAACAAAAGACAAACAAACUACUGCAGAAUCAGGAGAAACAAAAGACAAACAAACUACUGCAGAAUCAGGAGAAACAAAAGACAAAGAAACUACUGCAGAAUCAGGAGAAACAAAAGACAAACAAACUACUGCAGCACCUGAUUCUAAAAGCAAAACCACCCCUAGUAAGCAGAAAACAAAAGCAUCAGACACUAAAACUGUUGCACCCAAAGAAGAAGCCAAAGUAGAAGCUAUAGAAGAAGCCAAAGAUGAUGCUAAAGAUGAUGCUAAAGAUGACUCCAAAGAUGACUCCAAAGAUGACUCCAAAGAUGACUCUAAAGAUGACUCCAAAGAUGACUCCAAAGAUGACUCCAAAGAUGAAUCCAAAGAAGAAUCCAAAGAUGAAUCCAAAGAAGAUGCCAACAAACCAAACUGUGACCCUGAUUGCAAUGUAGCAUCAGAGAAAUGUGUUAAAGAUAACAACGUUUGGAAGUGUGAUUGCAAAGAAGGUUUUAUAAAGACUAAGGAUGAUGGAUGUGUUGCCAAGGUGAUGUGUGAAGCUUCUACUAGUUGCCCUGGUGACCACACAGCGUGUACUGUUGUCGACAAUAAAAUAGCCUGCGCCUGUCAAAACGGGUAUAAGAAGGAGAAGGGAGUCUGUAAGGAGGUGACCUGUAAAGGUGUAUCCUGUCCGAAUCACGCCACGUGCGCCGUGUCGGAGAACACCGCGCACUGUUUCUGUGAUAAGGACUAUGUGGCACAGGGUAUAUUCUGCAGGACCGUUGUUGACUGCACUACGGAGCCUAAAAACGCGGGGUGUCCAACCAACGAACAGUGUAAACAGGUGAGCAGCAAGAAACAGUGUUUCUGCAUUCCCGGCAAGCUGCGCGUUAAACCAACCGGUGACUGCACAGGGAACGCGAGCGCAAUAGUGCUGACCAGCGAGGACGUGACAGUGCAACUUCCUGCACAGUCCGCAACAAUGUCCGUGUCUGUGGCUCCCGCGCACUCUAAGAAUGAUAACUACUACGCCUACAAGUGGGAGCAGCAGAAGAACCCGGCCGGGGGAGAUUCAUUAGUGGAAGGGUUGACCAAGUCCCGAGUUACCAUAAGUAAGCUGGUCGCAGGAGAGUACGUGUUCCUAGUGACCGUGCUGGGGAUACACAACGAAUAUCACACCAAGGUUGUGAAAUUAAAGGUGUUGCCUACAGUAACGGAGAAUAAAGCCCCCGUUGCCGUGAUUAAACCUGCCGGGAAAGUAUCUUUUAAACUUCCUGCCGAGUUCUCCCUCAACGGUAUUGAUAGUCACGAUGAUGAUAAGAUAGUGUCCUACGCCUGGACCAUAGAGGCUAGACCAGUAGCAAGCAGUGAGAAUUUCGUCAAGCUUAUCGGUGAAACUACGGAUACGUUACACGUAAAAGUCUCACAAGGAGAAGGGGAAUUCAAGUUCAAACUCGAGGUGAAAGAUAAAUCUGGUUUAACUGGUUCGGCCUCUAAAUCAGUGCUCAUUUUGGCUGAGGACGAUUUCCCUCCCAGUGCUAAAGUUUCCUCUGCUCUGGUUCUUACUCUACCUAAGAAUUCCGCUGUUCUGUAUGGCAACGGCAGCAAAGAUGACCACGAAAUAACAAAAUGGGAGUGGCAGAAGUCGUCAGACAGCCCGAAAACGGGAGAUAUGACCGGCACUACGAUCUCCAACCUAACCCUGGCAAACCUGGUGGAAGGAACUUAUACCUUCACGCUCACAGUAUACGAUAAGAAGAAUCAGAAGGGGGUUGCAAGCACAACCGUUACUGUCAGACCUGCUGAAAAGGGACCUCCUAAAGCUGACGCUGGUGACAAUAAGGAGCUAGUAGCACCAGACAGGAGCACCGAGCUGGACGGAUCUAAAAGCAUCUCACCUCUUGGUAUACUACACUACCACUGGGAACAGAUAUCAGGGGGCAAGGGAAUCACGCUGCAGAAUGAGAACUCCACUAAGUUGCUGGUUAAUGGCCUGUCAGUCGGCUCAUACAGGUUUAAGUUGACGGUAGCGGACACUAAUAACGUGACGGCUACUGACGAGGUGUCAAUAACAGUGAAAGAAGACGACAACAAGCCCCCAAAAGCGAUCCUGGGACCACCAAUCAAGAUAUACGCCCCCAAUACUGCAGUCGAUAUUGACGGCAGCAAUUCUACUGAUGAUGACAAGAUAGUGAUGUGGGAGUGGAGUAGGUCUCCAGACAGUCCUGCACUAGGACAGGUAGUCAGUGGGUCAGAUCACGCUCCCAUUCUAAAACUCUGUGAUCUUAUUGAGGGGGUGUAUAACUUCACACUGACAGUAUUUGACGAGAAGGGAGCAUCAGACAAAGCGUCAUUGACCGUGACGGUGGAGCGGAACCCUCACUCUAACGAUAUCGUACAGGUCUAUCUGUUCGAGGAUCCCACUAACUUUACUCAGGAGAGACUGGAUAGUCUUACUAGCAUCCUCAUGGUGCCCUUCAGUGAUGGAAAAGAGAGGUCAGUUGUGAGAAAGUGGGAACUGGUUACUAUCGGAAUCAGGACUAUCAACAACCAAGUUGUCGUCUACUUCUACGGUAAGAAUGAUAAGGGUGAAAUACUCCCAGGAGCUCCCUUAGUGAAACAUCUCAGAGAUACCGUGUAUGGACGGUUGCUAGGAUUCGAGUUUGAUGUGAUAGACACGAGCACGUGCAGUAAUGACUGCAGUGGUCACGGCACCUGUUCCGAUGCUACCCGUCUUUGCACGUGCGACAAGUUCUGGAUAGAAAACUUCUUCCGCGCGUCCGCCGGACGGCAAUUCAGCAACUGUGAGUGGAGCAAGAUCUACUUCGGGCUGAUCGUCUCACUGCUGAUCAUAGUGUGCUUCAUUAUUGUUUACAUCGUGUGGUAUGUGUGGUCUCUGAGGAACGAUCAGCUGAGAAGGAGGAAGAAGUAUAAGCAGUUGGAGGAGGAAACAGGGAGGGGCGUGAACUUUAAUAGUGGUAGCUCUGAUGAGGAUGAGUUCUUUAAGAUGAAAGCGAGGAAGAAAUCCCCUUCUCACAGUUUGAAGCCAAAGGCUAAUGGUUUCAAGCCGGCUAAUGUUCUCAGUAACAUUAAUGCUGUUAAACCAAAUGACAAGUCCGAUAAAAGGAAGUAAUUUUGGUUUUUUUUGUCUUUUUAAAAUCUUUUUAUUGUGAUUUUUGGGGGUUUUUCAGAUAUGAGUUAACGAAUGAUAAUACCAGAUCAGAUUGCGUUUGAUUUUAAAUUCCAUUGCCAGUCGAUUAAUAUGUUGAUUAUAUAAUAAAAUCUUUCGAUAAGUUUUAGUGUUACCACUUUCUUUCAAUUUAUUCAGCAGAACUAGACAGAAUACAGAAUAAAUGAUAAGUUUUUCUUUUGUUCUACCAUUUUUAAGAUUAUGAUUUUAUGUCAUCUAUCAGUAGUCAUGGUUACUAAUAGUGUUACCAUGACAACACUGCCAUAUUAUCAAUUCUUUUAUGAACCUGGUACGACAAAAGAUAAACUUUUUUUUGUAAACAUGUUUUAAAAUUCUUAAAGCCGGUUUUCUAAAUGAUUUUAAAGCAACUUUUUGGGUUUGAUCAUCAUUACAUUUGUGUAUUUGUAUAGUAUUUAAGGAAUGAGUAAAUGAUAAUUUAAUACUCCUUCAUAAAUCUCGCUACUUUCUGUAGAUCGGAAUGUUACAAUUUCAACG